AUCGACGAUAACACACCAUCCUUUUCUCUCUCUAUCUCCACUUUGUGAGCAGCCUUCUUCUCUCUGCUAUAUCCCGACGACACUCUCUCUGCUGUCAAAGAUUCUCUUCUCUCUUUCUUCUUCCCCCUUUUUCUCUCUCUCAAACCCUAUUCACUAUCCAUGUCUUCCUUUCUCUCUCCUCAGAUCUAAACCCACCCCCAAAUAUUUCUCCUAAAAUCCCUAAAUUCAUCAAAAAUGGGGUGUGCAACUUCCAAAAUCGAUGAUCUUCCCGCAGUUUUACUCUGCCGUGAUAGACUCCAUUUUUUAUCCCAAGCUCUUCACCAACGUUACGUCUUUGCCGAAGCUCAUGUUGCGUACGUUCAUUCACUACAAUCCGUUGGCCUUUCUCUUCACCGUUUUUUCGACUCUUCUCAUUCUAUUCCGCCGCUUUCUCCGGUUCUUGACCUCCCUCCUCAACGCAAAAUCGCUGAUAAUGACCCGGUUGUUCUGGGUUCUAAUUCGGGUCAUCUCUCUCACUCUAAUUCUGGGUCCCACCUUCAUUUUCACUCUGAUUCUGACUCUGAUGAUGGAAAUGAUCAUAACCAUAAUCAUAUUGAUUCUGGUUCGGGUUCGGAUUCUGGCCAUAAGUUGUCAUCUCAAAGAGGAGUUGGUAUGGUAUAUGAGGGAAGUUUGGAAAAUGGUGGUGGUGGUGGGUACACCUUUAACCCGAACAUGAACCCGAACCCGAAUCCGAACCCGUAUUUUUAUUUGAAUAAUGGAGGUGGGUUUAACAAUACUAAUGUUCAUAUUAAUUAUAUGAAGAAGCAUUCAACCCCUUCUGUAUCUUAUGAACAGAAACCAAUUAGUUAUGAGACGCAUACUGUUCAAUAUGGCGAUCCUUCUUCAUCAAGUAAUUAUUAUGAUUAUUUCAAUGGUGGGGGUUAUAAUAGCAAUUACAAUUAUAAUAAUCCGGGUAUGGGUAUGUAUGGUGGAUUUCCUGGAGCUACGACGGCGGUUCGAGGGGGUGGAUAUGGAAAUUGGAAUGGUGGGCCUGGUGGCCCGCCACCAGGUCCUACAAAGGCGGUGUUGCCGCCUCCACCACCAUCUUCAGCGGCGUCACCUUGGGAUUUUAUGUAUUUGUUUGAGAGUAUUGAGAGUCAUUAUCCGCCUUAUACACCAAGUAGAGAUUCAAGGGAAGUGAGGGAAGAAGAGGGGAUUCCUGAUUUGGAGGAUGAGGAUAAUUAUGUUCAUGAGGUUGUGAAAGAAGUUGAUAAUAAUCAUAUAAUGAUGGAUGAUGGUAGUGGUGAAAGUAGUAUUAGUAGUGGGAGUGGGGGUGAGAUUAAGGAGGAGUCCAAAGGAGUCGAAAAGGAGGAGGUUGUGGGUGUGAGUGAUGAGUACAGAGCAAACAUGAGUACAGGGAUGGAGAGUGUGCCAGUGGAGUAUGAGGUUCAUGUGGUAGAUAAGAAGGUGGUAGGAGAAGAAGGAAAGAAAGCGGAGCAAGCAGGGAAAGGUGGUAGCGGAGGAAGGGCGGGAUUUAGAAAUGUAUUUGAGGUAGUGAAGGAAAUUCAGUUACAAUUUGAAAGGGCUGCUACUUCUGGGAGUGAGAUUGAUAAGGUUCUUGAAGUGGGGAAACUUCGGUAUCAACGAAAGAAUGCUGCGUACCAAGUUUCUGCAAAGAUGUUGAAUGUGAUAACUCCAUCAUUGCCAUCUUCAUCAAAAGAUGAGGGUGGUUUGGCUCUUGAUGAAGAUGUACGAUUGCGAUCGCUAAAUCUUUCAGCUACAUUGCAAAAACUUUACCUUUGGGAGAAGAAACUCUAUGAAGAAGUCAAGGCUGAAGAACAUAUGAGGGUCAAGCAUGAUAGGAAGGCCAUCAAAUUAAAUCAUUUAGUUGAAAAAGGGGCUGAACCCCAGAAGAUUGAAUCCCUAAGAAGUGAAGUUAGGGGUCUUUCCACUAAGAUAAGAAUAGCAAUUCAAAUUGUUGACAGGAUCUCAGUGAAGAUGAAUAAGCUCAGAGAUGAAGAGUUGUGGCCACAGUUGAAUGAGUUAAUUCAAGGUUUAAGUAGGAUGUGGAAAGCUAUGCUUGAAUGUCACCAUAAUCAGUGCGAGGCAAUUGACGGUGCACGGGGUUUAGAUGCUCUUGCGUUUCCGAGCAAUCCUAGUGAUACACAUUUAGAAGCAUCCUUGCAGCUGGAGCAUGACCUUUUAAAUUGGACUUACCGGUUCACAGAAUGGAUCGGGGCUCAGAAGGGCUAUGUGAGAGCAUUAAAUUGUUGGCUGCUGAAAUGUAUCUUAUAUGAACCAGAAGAAACAGCGGAUGGUACAGCGCCUUUCUCACCCGGAAGGGCAGGGGCACCUCCUAUCUUUGUAAUAUGCAACCAAUGGAAUCAAUCAUUGGAAAGAUUAUCAGAGACUUCUGAAAAGGAUUUGAUUGAAUCAAUGCGGGUCUUUGCCUUGAUGGUUUUCCAUUUCAGAGAACGAGACAAGGGAGAAUUAAAACAGAGGAUGACGGCAAAUAGAGAUAUGGAUAGAAAAGUAAAGAACUUGGAAAGAGAAGAUAUGAAAAUGCAGAAGAAAAUGGUUCUAGCUCCUGGUGACUCGGAUGGUCUAUCAUUGUCUGGCCAUGUUGUUUAUCAGAGUGACACCAGCAGCAAGACUAGUUUACAAGCCGGGCUUCGUCAGGUAUUUGAAGCCAUGGAUCGGUUCACAGCAGAUUCUGUAAAAGUUUACGAGGAACUCCUUCAACGCAGUGAAGAAGUUGUUCGGACACACGGGAGAGUUUCAUAGUUGGAAACUCGUGUGUUGAAUGUGGUAUACGGGAUGGCUGAAACGUGAUCCUGCAGUUAAACCAUAAUUACAAGAAUUUUGUACGAAUAGGAGGUAUAGUUUUAGGACUAAUCUGGGGAUGGGGGGACGCAAGUCUUGUCUUAGUAAGUUGCCCAGAAAUUAGAGAUGUACGGACUACCCUGUAUAGAAAACCUGUUGGGUAUCAACCUUAAGACUUGAUUUUAGCUGUACAGAAUCAUCAAGACUCAUAUCAAGGCCUUUUUAUUAUUAUUAUUAUUAUUAUUAUUAUUAUUAUUAUAGAGUACACCCCUGUAAGUUAUGCUGGAAUUGGUGGAUUAAAUUGUUCGUAUUUCAUAAUAAAAAAUUGGUUUUGGUUC